AUGGACCGACUCUAUGGACCGGCUCUAUGGACCGGCUCUAUGGACCGACUCUAUGGACCGGCUCUAUGGACCGGCUCUAUGGACCGGCUCUAUGGACCGGCUCUAUGGACCGACUCUAUGGACCGGCUCUAUGGACCGACUCUAUGGACCGGCUCUAUGGACCGGCUCUAUGGACCGACUCUAUGGACCGGCUCUAUGGACCGGCUCUAUGGACCGGCUCUAUGGACCGGCUCUAUGGACCGGCUCUAUGGACCGGCACUAUGGACCGGCUCUAUGGACCGGCUCUAUGGACCGACUCUAUGGAACGGCUCUAUGGACCAACUCUAUGGACCGACUCUAUGGACCGGCUCUAUGGACCGGCUCUAUGGACCGGCACUAUGGACCGGCUCUAUGGACCGGCUCUAUGGACCGGCUCUAUGGACCGGCUCUAUGGACCGGCACUUAGGACCGGCUCUAUGGACCGGCUCUAUGGACCGGCUCUAUGGACCGGCUCUAUGGACCGGCACUAUGGACCGGCUCUAUGGACCGGCUCUAUGGACCGGCUCUAUGGACCGGCUCUAUGGACUGGCUCUGCGGACGGUCCACGGACACGGGGGCGUCACCGCCGGCAAACCCUGUUUUAAGAGCACACUUUCCCAAGCACUUUAA